GUCGCCCGGACGGAAGGGAAGUGAGGCGUCGGUGAGAGGCGGGCCAUGGCGCGCCGCCCGAGGUCGGGCGAAGGCGGAAGCUGCGGCCACUUUCCUGGCCCCCCAGUCUCUGGCGGCCCUCCAAGCCCUUGGCACACCCCUCUCGCCCCCAGUAGCUUCCCUGUCAGUUCCCGCCCGGACUUGACCUCGAGGCCCUCCGAGCGCCUUCGGCUUUUCCCAGGCGGAUCCUUCUUGGAACUUCGGGCCACCCUCCCGAGCACGUAGUCCUAUUAGAGCUGUUUAUUUACUCACUUCCAAUCCAAACACAGCCUCUCCGCACGUUCCGAGUUUGGAUACUGCGGGGAGGCAUUCCCGGUUCCCGGUGUCUGUGCCGCUUGGAUCGUCGUCCACACCCCCUCCCCCACGGCAACUUUGAUCCUCGCUGGGUCCCUCCUUGAGCCCUACCGUGAUCCGGACCCUCUCCUAGAGGUCCGUGUGGAAAUCCGUCUUGGAUAGAAUAUUUUAUUCAUGGGAAAGAGAUGCCCUGUAUUAUGGACCUGAGUAUUCCAGGUACCGAAAUGUAAGAAGACAUUACGUUGGAUAACAGGAAGAGCUGUAGAGUUUGCAGGUGUCAGCUGUGGCCUUAAUAAGCACAUUGAUAGCAUCAGUGAUAGACAGAUGGCUCAUGUGGCUGGUGGCUGCCAUAUUGACAUUGCAGUCCUGGAAGAUGGAGAGAGCUAUGACACAAUAAAUUUGAUUAAAAGGUCCUAUUACUGCUGGAUUGUGCAAGAUAUUUAACCCUAUUUUCUUUGAGGUAUGACUUAAAUAUCAAAAGUCUUAAAUAAGAGAAGGGAAACAUUUUAGUUUUGGAAGUCAGAAUGCCAAGGAGAAGGAAAAAUCUUGGGGGAAAUCCUUUUCGGAAGACUACAAACUCUAAGGAAGUUGUAUCCAGUGUUGCUAGUCAUGAGGAGCCAACCACUACUCUUCCUUCCAUGUGUGAGACAAAAGUUGAUCAGGAAGAACUCUUCACCAGUAUCUCAGAGAUGUUUUCUGAUCUGGAUCCUGAUGUAGUGUAUUUGAUGCUUUCUGAAUGUGAUUUCAAAGUUGAAAAUGCCAUGGAUUGUCUAUUAGAAUUAUCAGCCACUGACGCUAAAAUAGAAGAAUCGCCUUCAAAAAGCUUCAUUGCUUCUGAGAACCAAGUAGAUGCAGUGGGAUGUGAAAUAAUGGAAAAGUGUCCUCCUGAAGAAGAGAAUGAAGAUUCAAAAAUGGAUUCAUUUUUGGACAUGCAGCUAACUGAAGACUUAGAUUCCUUAAUACAGAAUGCUUUUGAGAAAUUGAACUCUUCUCCUGAUGACCAUGCAUACUCAUUUUUGACUUUGCAAGAUGUUAAUAAUCUUAGUAACCCGAGUGCAUUUAUAAAUUCAGAUUCAAGUAGUACGACUCCCAUUCUUUCUACCCAAAAUAUGGAUUUGAACAGUGAAAAUGUAGAGAGUUCUGCCUCUACAUUAAGUUCAAAUUCCUUAACUUCACAUUCACUUUCAAAUGAGUCCAAAAGUUUUACAAAGGAUAACAGAUUGGCAUUGGAAGAUUCUCUUCUCAGUAGUUCUUUAAAUGUAGCAAAUGACACUACGAUGGAUUGUAGUAACCAAAUUCAGAAAGAGCUUUUAGAAUCUGUGUGUGUUGAGACUCAGUUCUCUCAAGCCCCUGUAGAUUUGGAUGCCAACGAACUUCAGGCGCCUUUAAACCUUACUGUGCAAAAUCUGGGGCUUGGUUUACUAGGUACAGGUGGAGAUCAGAAAUCUUCUGUCCCUGAUGUUUUUGUACCUUCUGAAGAAUUCAAUUUCCAGUCACACAAACAGACUGAACUGCCACCAAAGGGGAAGGAUGUGAACUACUGCCCAGUACUUACCCCUCUCCCUCUACUGCUGCCUCCUCCUCCCCCUCCACCAAUGUGGAAUCCAAUGAUUCCUGCUUUUGACCUCUUUCAAGGAAACCAUGGCUUUGUAGCUCCUGUUGUAACCACAGCUGCACACUGGAGACCUGUCAACUAUACAUUUCCACCCCCGGUUAUUUCUCAUACUUCCCCAACAAAGGUAUGGAGAAAUAAAGAGGGAACAAGUGCUUAUCAGGUACAAGAAACUCCAGCUUCUCAGGUUGUAAGAAAGAAGACAUCAUCUUAUGUUGGACUAGUUCUUGUUCUUCUCAGAGGGCUUCCGGGAUCAGGAAAAUCUUUUUUGGCAAGGACCUUGCAAGAGGAUAAUCCAAGUGGAGUCAUUCUUAGUACUGAUGAUUAUUUUUACAUAAAUGGACAAUACCAGUUUGAUGUAAAAUACUUAGGAGAAGCACAUGAAUGGAACCAGAAUCGUGCAAAAGAAGCAUUUGAGAAGAAGGUAUCUCCUAUAAUAAUAGAUAAUACAAAUCUACAGGCAUGGGAAAUGAAGCCAUAUGUUGCUUUGUCUCAAAAACAUAAAUAUAAAGUCCUUUUCCGGGAACCGGAUACCUGGUGGAAAUUCAAACCAAAGGAACUUGCAAGGCGUAAUAUUCAUGGGAUAAGCAAAGAAAAAAUAACAAGAAUGUUGGAACACUAUCAGCGUUUUGUUUCAGUGCCCAUAAUCAUGAGUUCUUCAGUUCCAGAGAAAAUGGAACGUAUCGAGUUGUGUGCAUAUUCUUGUGACAGAAGUACUAGCCCAAGAGACAAUGAAGAUAUUGCCUCUGAAAAAGAAGAAAAUGUUUUAUCCUCGUCUCUGAAGCAUCCAGAGUUAAUUGAAGAGAAGAAACAUGAUGUGACCAAAGAAAAUUUGUUACCUGAGAAUGUUACAUGUCUCCCUAAUGCAGAUUUAAACAACGGAAAAAAAGAAAUAAGUGGUAUGAAUCCUAACAUUCAGAGUGCUUUCAUUCACGAAGCUCCAGACAUUUAUUUUUCUGAUUCUGAAAGCAAAGAACGAGCAACAGACAAACAUGAAAAAGAAGAGCCAGUAGAAAUGGCUCCUGAAAAAGAGUGUAGUAAAACCAAUGCAGAUAGUUUUGUAGAGAGAAUAUCACCAAGUAUUUGCUGUGGUGGAAAUAAUCAAGAAGACUGUGGUCUUUCAAAUACUGUACCACUUCAAAAUGAAAAGUCUUCAUCUAGUGAAACGCUGGAAGAAAGAGCAGGAGUAAAGAAAAAAGCCUUUGGAAAACAAAAAAGCAAAUCAACUUCGGAAAAGUUCCCAAGACAAGAGCUGUCUUUUGUUGGUGACUGGCCAGUUGAUAAGUCUAUCGGUCAGAGGACAAAAAGGAACCGAAAAACUGAGAAAGCUUUAUCUAUACACAGUGACAAAAAGUAUAAUUGCCCUCAGUCACAUAAAGUAUUAGACAGUAGUUUAUCUGUGAGUAUAGAUUGUAUCCAGCCACGAGGAUCUCCACAUGAAAACGUAGAGGAUGACAGCAAGUCACAGUGUGAUGAUGCCUCAGAAUCUUUCAAUAGCUGUAAAUAUGGUACUUAUAAAAAUACUGAAAAAGACUCAUUUAACAUUGUGGGUGACUGGCCUUCAUCUGAUUCUUUAGCUCAGAGAGAGCACAGAUCAAGAAUGCCAAAGGCUGGCUUAAAUGAACCCAACCUAGAAUUUGGAACUAACAACAGUAUGAAUGAAAUGUCCUUAUAUACAGCACGUGAGGCCUGUUGGGGCACAAGCCCUGAAGAACUAAAAACGUUGGGUAGUUCUUCUCGAGGAAGUUCUGGAAAGCUGCCCAAUGAAAUGACCUGUGAGAAUAAAACUUGUCCAAGUAAAAAGAUUCAUAGGCAACACACAUUGUCUCUUACUUUUACCAAUAGUGUGUCAACUGCUCCUGGAGGAGUGGGACCACAAACUUUAGCUGAAUUUCAAGAAGAAAAGACUAAAGAAGUCCCUGGAAUAGAAGUAGGCAAGUGUACUCAGACUGAACCACAGGAUUUUGCUCUCUUAUGGAAAAUAGAAAAGAAUAAAAUUAGUGUUUCAGAUUCUCUGAGAGUACUAACAGGAAGAUUAGAUGGAUUUAAACCGAAAGCUCUCAAUAUUAACACAAAAUUAGAUGUUCAAGAAACAAUUCCAUAUAGGGUAAUGUAUGACAAAAGCACAUAUGUUGAAGAAAGUGAGCUUACCAGUGCUGAUGAAUCUGAAAAUCUUAACAUUCUUUGUAAACUAUUUGGAUCGUUUUCAUUAGAAGCCCUAAAAGACCUAUAUGAGAGGUGUAACAAAGAUAUUAUUUGGGCCACGAGCCUUUUAUUGGAUUCUGAAACUAAAUUAUGUGAGGAUACUGAAUUUGAGAAUAUAGAAAAGUCAUAUGAUGAAACACAAAUUGGGCCAUUUUCUCUGGGACUGAAUUUGAAGGAAAUUAUUAGCCAAAGAGGAAGCUUAGAGGAGUCUAAUUCUUCUGUGCCAGAAUUUAGCCAUGGAAUUGGUAUCAGUAACACGAAUGCACAGUCCACCUGUAAUUCAGAAAAGGAAAGCUUAGAGCAGGCAGAAAUAAGAGCUGUAACUACUGAAAAACCUGGAUUAAUAACAGGUAUACUUCCUAAUGUAGAUCUCAAGAAUAAUAAUGAAGUACUUCCUAAUAGUCAGGCAGAACUUUCAGGUUUAUAUAAUGUUAAGCAGCUUUUUCCAGGCACUCUAAAAGCUACUACCACUAAAAAUGUGAGUGAAAUGGAGAAGAAUCCAGAAGUCACUGAGAUUGGAGACAGUAUAAAUUCUUCUUUGAAUUUGUCUGAUAUUUUAAAUUCUGUAUCGAGCACUUCGGAUCUUGAAUUACAUGAAGAAAUUUAUUUUACUGACUCUUUUGACAUAAAUAAAAGUGAAAAUCUUCCAAAGGAUUAUGUGAAAUUUCCAAACACAGAAGAAUUUAUGAAUGAAGAUGAACAGGAAGUGGAAAAAAUUCUAAUGGCAGGGAGUGCUUUGUCAGCUGAAGUUACUGAAGAAGAUAAAACUGAGACGUUGAAUCCCACGCCAGUGAUGGCCAAAUCGCUGACCAUAGACUGUCUGGAAUUGGCAUUGCCCCCUGAACUGGCUUUUCAGCUCAAUGAAUUAUUUGGCCCUGUUGGUAUUGAUUCAGGGUCCCUAACAGUUGAGGACUGUGUGGUUCAUAUAGAUCUGAAUCUGGCUAAAGUGAUUCAUGAAAAAUGGAAAGAAUCUGUAAUGGAGCGACAAAGACAAGAAGAGGUAUCCUGUGGCAAAUUAAUGCAAGAUCCUUCCCUGGUUGGGCGUGUUGGUCUUGAUAAUCCAGAACAAAAAUCAUCUCAGAGAACGGGCAAAAAAUUACUGAAGACUUUAGCAGCACCUGAAAUGCAACCCUUAUUGGAUCAUUGGAACACUCAUACUAAAAAAGUAUCACUCAGAGAAAUAAUGUCAGAAGAAAUUGCCUUACAGGAAAAGCAUGAUUUGAGAAGGGAGCCGCUUAUAUUUGAAAAAGAUUGUGCCACUAAACUAAAGGAGAAGCAGCUCUUUAAGAUAUUUCCAGCCAUUAACCAAAAUUUUCUGGUGGACAUUUUCAAGGACCACAACUAUUCGUUAGAACACACAGUGCAAUUUCUAAAUUGUGUUCUUGAAGGAGACCCUGUAAAAACAGUGGUAGCACAAGAGUUUGUUCACCAAAAUGAGAAUGUCACUUCUCAUACUGCACAGAAGUCUAAGGAGAAAAAGGCAAAGAAAUUGAAAGAGACUGAAGAUAUACCAAGCGAACCAUCUUUCCAGGAUUUUGAGUACCCAGAGUAUGAUGACUACAGGGCAGAGGCUUUCCUGCACCAGCAGAAGAGGAUGGAAUGCUAUAGCAAGGCAAAGGAAGCUUAUCGGAUGGGGAAGAAAAACGUUGCCACGUUUUAUGCCCAACAAGGUAGUCUCCAUGAGCAGAAGAUGAAAGAAGCCAAUCACCUUGCUGCUGUGGAGAUCUUUGAGAAAGUCAAUGCCUCCCUGCUGCCACAGAAUGUUUUAGACCUCCAUGGGCUGCAUGUGGAUGAGGCUAUAGAACAUUUGAUGACAGUUUUACAGGAGAAAACUGAAGAAUUUAAGCAGAAUGGUGGUAAGCCCUAUCUUUCUGUGAUUACGGGGAGAGGAAACCACAGCCAGGGAGGAGUUGCUCGCAUCAAACCAGCUGUCAUUAAAUACCUCACAAGCCAUAGCUUCAGGUUCUCUGAAAUUAAACCAGGGUGCUUGAAAGUCAUGCUAAAGUAAAAUAAAUGUCCUUGACUUAAAAGUGUGAAGGUUUGUAGGUUAAAAUUAGUUUUAUUUGCAGUAAUUUAGUCAACUGUACUGUAAAUGUGUGUUUUAUUAGAAGUAAUGUCCAGUUAUAAAACAGAAAAACACUAUGUUUUUCAAAAUUCAAGAGAAGUUUAAUUUUUUACUGAAUCACAUGCCAAAUAUGUAGUCUAUUAAAAGUAUUAAAGAGAAUUUUUACUGAUUACAAAAUAUCUAAGAAAAUUAUCAGCUGCAGUUUUAAAGAUUGAAAUGCUCUGAUUCUUUCUCAGACAGAAAAUGUAACCUUUAUAUUAAUUGUUGUUUGACGUUUAGUAAAGUCUUAAAGGUUUCUAUGAGAAGUAUUUAAAGUGCUUUGAGACCUGGUUCAUAAUACAAGCCCUUCAAAAGCUUGUAUUUAAAAAAGAAGUACUGGGCUUCCCUGGUGGCGCAGUGGUUGAGAAUCUGCCUGCCAGUGUGGGGGACACAGGUUUGAGCCCUGGUCUGGGAGGGUCCCACAUGCCGCGGAGCGUCCGGGCCCGUGGGCCACAACUACUGAGCCUGCGUGUCUGGAGCCUGUGCUCCACAACAGGAGAGACCGCGAUGGUGAGAGGCCCGCGCACCACGAUGAAGAGUGGCCCCCGCUUGCCGCAAUUGGAGGAAGCCCUCGCACAGAAACGAAGACCCAAUGCAGCCAAAGGUAAAUAAAUAAAUUAAAAAAAAAAAAAAAAGUACUAGUACCAGUAGUAAUGAAAGAAAGGAGAUCUAACAAAAACACUUGAGUGCUUUUUGAUUUCAAAACAAUACAAAAAAACAUUUUGGUGUAUCCUACAGGAAGGAAGACAUGCUGUUGCACUUUCUUCUGCUUUGUAUAUGAUCGUGAUCUCUUACCUUUUGUUCCUUUGUUCUGUGUGUGUACAUUUUCUAGGAGUAAAGUUGGAGUCUGAGAUUAUAUUGCAAUUUUAUACCUUCCAUAGGCAGGCAAGUUUUCAGAGAAGGAAAAAUGGUUAGGUAUCUACCAAGUGCUGCUGUCUUAUAAAACUGCUUCUAGUCUUACAGAACUGUCUGUGUAAGUGGUAUUGAAGACAGUACUAAAGAGCUAUAUUUUAUAUUUGAGGCAUGUAAUUUCUAAACUACAGUAGGUCAAAAUCCUAUUAACUUAAAUAGAUAUAGAAAACUUUUUUGAUAUAAUCAUAAAAGAAAUUUUUACAAUUUAAAAGUUUUUUACCUUUAUUUUUAAAAAGAACCAACUUUCUGAAAGGAAACUUUCAUUGACUUCUGUUUUUUGGUGAGCUAAAAAGUCCUGUUAGUAUGUCAGUUAUAAUUUCCUUUACACACAAGUUUAGUGUGGCGAAGUAUAAUUUUCCAAUGUGAGACACUGGCUUAAAUAAAUUUGACUUUGGAUAUGAAGGAUAUUUUCAACAUACGUAAUUUUAGCAAACAAUUGUAUUGUUUUUUGAUAAGCUUAAAAAAUUAAUUGGAUCAGGAAUGAUACGAUUGAGCUAUUACUGAAAGAAUCCUGAAUUUCGGAAUGGUUUCCCAAAAGAACAGACAUUUUAAUGAAAAUAAAAUUCAAAAAAUGUUUUUAUAUAUCAUGAAAGCAUGCUUGUAAAAGAAGAGCCAUAUCAUUGAAUUUAUUUCCACAAAAAUAAAAAUAUAUGUUUAUUACUUAGAAAUAGUGACUGGUAUUGAAGUAUUAUUCACAUUUGUUAUGUUUGUGGUAAUUUGUUAAAAAAAAGAAAAGAAUGCCAACAGUUUGGCAUUAUGUUUUUUGUGAUGUCUAGAAGAAUUGUGUACAUUAAAAAUAAAGCAAUUCCUUUCAGCAACUUAUUAUAAAACUACAACUGUUAAUGAAAUAAAAUCUUUCUAUAUAUAAAUUGAUAUGAUUUAAGAAAUGUGAAUAACAAUACUAAAACCUAGAAUUAUUCUAGUGUGUGCAGCUGCAUACUCAUUUUCUGUGUUUUUAUAUUUCCUUACCCAGUUUUAAAAAAACAUCACUUUUGAGCACUUCAGCUAGACUUAUUUCAGUAUUAUUUAUUAUAAUUAUGAUUGAUGUGGGAGCAGUCAAAAAGAACAAGAGGUGGGGUAUUUUGUGGGCAGAAACCAAAUGAAAGAACCUAUGUUUUGUACUGUAUCAACUCUAAUUUUAUGCUUUAUUUGGUAAAUCUAGGGUAUUUCUUCUUAAUCAUCCAUAAAUAUAUAGGCAAAUUUUGAGCAUCAUAAAUGUUUUUAUGAAGUUGUUUAGUACCAAACUGCCUCCUACCCCACUAUGUAGCAUAGUUUAAGCAACACAUAAUUAUGAAAGAAAAUUUUAUAAUUGCCCCUUUCUUGUUUUGCCUAUUUCUAAAUCCUGUAUGCCAAAGGUAAACAGAGUUUGAGGAUUAUCAAAUUUUUCUCUUUUACCCAUUUCUAAAUCCUGUGUGUCAAAACUAAUGAUAAUGUGGGGAUUAUCAAAGUUUUGAUGUAUGUAUUGGUAUAUUUGUGCUAAUAUAUGACUUACUAGAAUGGCUCUUUGCAAAGUUAUUAGUAUUUUAAAAGUAUAGGGCUUCCCUGGUGGCGCAGUGGUUGAGCGUUCGCCUGCCGAUUCAGGGGACACGGGUUCGUGCCCCGGUCCGGGAAGAUCCCACAUGCCGUGGAGCGGCUGGGCCCGUGAGCCAUGGCCGCUGAGCCUGCACGUCCGGACCUGUGCUCCGCAACAGGAGAGGCCACAACAGUGAGAGGCCCGCGUACCGCAAAAAAAAAAAAAAAAAAAAUUAUAACACUUCUAUAAUUUGCAAGAGUUUAGUAGCAGUUAUAUUCUUUCAAUAGUCUCUUACCAGUAUCUACCAGGGGAAAAAGAGAACUAAUGUGGAAACCACAGGGAAAGUGGGGUUGGAAUGAGGGGACUCUUAACAGUAUUUCCAACUAUUCAUUUCCUUCCUUCAACAGGAGAAAUGGAAGCAUGUUGUCUUACAUUUAUUGGCUGUUCAUAUAUCUCUAUAUUGUUUUCAAGUUGAGGUUUCUUCAAUUUAUUAGUGUUUCAAUACUACUUGCAAUUCUAAGGCCUUUAAAUAUAGGACAUAUUGUAUAGUAGAAAUCCUGACUUUAAAGUGUCUUGUGUAUUAUAACACAUUUUGAAAAGAAAAGCUAAAUAAUUCUGUUGGAUUGUUUCCAAUCCUUUAUUUUGGUCUUUUUCUUUUUAAAUUCAAGUGUUUUGUAUGCUUAGAAAAAGGACAUGUAUAAAAGUAAGAUUGGUUUUUUCUGAGCUGGAAAUUGGAAACUUUGAAACUCAGGAAAUUGCUCUGACAAUGUUUUAACUGCUCUCAAUUUAAGAAAAUGACAAAAUGUAUAAAAAAGACAGAAAUAAUGUGUGCUGUUUUUUUCCAAGUGCUUUUUCUGAGUGCUUUUCCAUUGUGCAAUUGAGGUGAAGUUUGAUAAUUUUUCUGUGUAGUGGUUAAAUAUUGCUUAUUUUUAUUUACAUGGUAAAGAAAACAGAUUUAAAUGUUUGCGUGGCCAAAAAAAAUUGUCAUUUAAAAGGUGAAGUAAGUUUGUGUAGAAUGUAUGUUAAUGGUGCUUAUUUUUAAAUUGUAAUUCAAGUUUACAGUGUUACUUAAUGUCUCUUUGCAGAGUUUAUUAGAGAAAUAAGGCUAGAAUACAUCUACAUCCCGAAGAGCUUUUUAUAACUCCACAUUACAUGAUGAUGAAUUUUAUUAUUUUCCUUAAAGUUGAGCAAUUGAAUUUUAUGGUCCAAAUGAUGAACCCUGAUUAACAAAUGAUUGAAUUAACCAUGAGACUUCUCAUUAAAAUAUAUUGCAGCUGUCAGUUGGAGAAUAUAUUAUAAAAUUUUCAGAUAGUAUAUAAGAAACAAAAUACUUUUAUUUGUACUAUAAAGAAAAUGUAAUUUUGCUGUUAACGCUGUACUUUUUUAUCGAAAAUGUUUAUAACUUUGCUUUUAAAAUUUCUUAUGAAACAAUUUGCAAAUUAUGUACUUAAUUUAAUAAAAUACUUUGACCACUG